CUUUCUCAAAAAAAAAAAAACUCAUAUUUCUUUUCAAUAAUAAUACAACUAACACCAGAGAGCACAAACUAUAUAUAUUUAUUACUUCCAAAUCAGUAAAAAUCUCCCCUUUUGAUCUUCCUCUUCUUCUUCUUGGUGUUUUUCCUCAGAAAUGCUCAACCUUUCUAGGGUUUAGCUCUCCCUCUCCCUCUCUUGUUAGCUGAGUAGAGCUUAGCAUUUUGAGCUGUUCUCAACUGUGAAGCUGCUGCUGUAUUCCAAUCAUCUUUCUCAGUUUUUGUAGUUAACCAAAAGAUGGCUGCUGAGCUUGUCAAUUCUGCAACAAGUGAGAAACUGAGUGAGAUGGAUUGGACCAAGAAUAUUCAAAUAUGUGAAUUAGUCGCUCAUGAUAAUAGGCAAGCUAGAGAUGUCAUCAAAGCUAUCAAGAAACGUCUGGGGAGUAAAAAUGCAAAUUCUCAACUUUAUGCAGUUAUGUUACUGGAGAUGUUGAUGAACAAUAUUGGAGAACAAAUACAUAAGCAAGUCAUCGAUGUUGGGAUUAUUCAUAUUCUGGUGAAGAUAGUCAAGAAAAAGUCAGAUUUACCGGUGAGGGAGCGCAUUUUUCUAUUGCUAGAUGCGACGCAAACAUCCCUUGGUGGUGCCUCUGGAAAAUUCCCUCAGUAUUAUACUGCUUAUUACAACUUGGUGAGUGCUGGAAUACAGUUCCCUCAAAGGCCUCCUCCGGUCCCUUCAACUUGCCAAGUACCAGAACCAGCUAAGAAUAGUAUAGCUAACAGGGAUGAAGGGGUUGCUCCUGAAUCUAGUAUUAUUCAGAAGGCUGCUAAUGCACUGGAGGUUUUGAAAGAGGUCCUUGAUGCAGUUGAUAGUCAGCAUCCAGAGGGGGCAAGAGAUGAAUUCACACUUGAUCUUGUGGAGCAGUGUUCAUUCCAAAAGCAAAAGGUUAUGCAUCUUGUGAUGACUUCUCGGAAUGAAAAGGUGGUUUCUCAAGCUGUUGAAUUGAAUGAGAAGCUCCAGAAGGUUCUUACAAGACAUGAUGCCCUUCUUUCUUGCAAGCCUACAUCAACUUUGAACCAUCUUAUUGAAGAACAGGGAGAGGAGGAAGAAGAAGAGCCAGAACAGCUUGUUCGAAGGCUACGAAAAGGAAAAGCUUGUCUGAGGCCUGAGGAUGAAGAGCAGUCAAAUGAGCAUUCCCACUUGGGUUUCCUUGGAUCAUCCAACCCUGGAGAAAGGCUCAACCGUCCACUUAUACGGCCACUUUCCCUGGAGCGAUCACCUGAAUCAAAUGGACAUCAUCCACCUGUUGCGAUUCCACCCCCACCUGCAAAACACGUUGAGAGGGAAAAAUACUUCCAGGAAACCAAAGUCAAUGGCUCUAGUUUGGCUAGCCAUGUGAGAGGUCUCUCAUUACAUAGCCGCAAUGCAAGUAGUUCUCUCAGUGGAAGCAUGGAUUUUAGUGAUUGACCGUCUUGCUAAAGGGUCCUCUCGUGCGCUUAGUCUGUUUCAUUUUCUUUAGCAGUCAAUAUGGUGCCGGCUUCAGAUUUGGUAGUGCUGUUGGUGUUGUGGAGUUGAAAAUAUGCAGAAGCUUCUGUAUUAGUCAUGUGACUCAUGUUCCAUAUGUGAUGUAUCCUGACCUCAGGUUUUUGUGCUUUUAAGCUUUGACCCUUUCAUAUAUGAAGAGUUGUAUAGAGAAUUUAAGAGGCUAAUUUUAUUCAAUUUAUUUAACAAAAUGUCUACGUUUUGCA